CAAUCCCCCUUAGCUCAAGAACAGGCAAGCUCAACCGGAUGCGCACCAGGCCCGGUGCUUCGGAAAGUGUCUCGAAAUGAUCAUAUAAGAAUCCCGGUAUAGCAGUACGGCAUACCCAGCUCCGGCGCAUGACUCCAGUUCACCAUCGUCAGUGGGCUGCGCUUUGAUCUCUCAACUUGCAUGCCGUCCAUGUGUGCGAUACACCUCGCUGCACGUUGAAGAAAUGGACGAGUAUCCUCCGGGGAGUCUAGAUCACAAUGUCCCUUUCUUGGUAGUCUCGGGGCUCGGUGCCAGUCCAGCGAAAGCGAAGCCUUUGCCUACGGAUCCCGAAUUGAGAGAGCGGGGCAUUCUUGUGCGUUCUGAGCUCUCCGCCGUCGAUACACGGGAAGCCAAAACUUUGUUGCGCUUCAUCCAAGAAGCUGAUGCUACUAAUCUUCCCUGGCAGUCACGAGAUAAUCCCAAAAAAUUCAAGUUCAAAGUCAAGACCAUUGGGCGGGAGUUUCUACUGCCGCCUCGUCGCGCCCGGCUUCCCGACAAUCUGGAUGCUCCCACCUCUGCAUUCGUCUUGCACUCUCCCUUCUCACCCCUGAGUCCAGGUUCAACGCUUUACCCAGAUGGCUUGAUAGACACACAAUGGCUCCAUAAGCAUCAGCAUCUAAUACCAAGCGUGUACCUUUGCUUUUACACCCUAACCUCCGACCCAACUCUGGCGACCCUGCAUGACAAUCAGCUAAAGGCAGAUAUAAAUGCUAUCAAGAAUGCUAUCAAUCAAUCCGGCUACAAGACCCGCCUAGCUGUGGUUAUUCUCAGUGACCAGUCCCCUACCACCGUCUCUCAGUUUCAAGAAAGGCUUGAGAAUAUAAGGAGAAGUACAGGGCUCGACCCUAAGGCAUCUCUCUUUGUUCUGCCUACUCGACGAACAGAAGCUGAGUUGGAAACAGCCGUAGACAAUGUUCUAACUGCCAUCUUUGACCAAGCUCUUGAAUACUACCGUGACCUUGGGCGCCACUCUCGUAAGAAAAAGGCGCGUGGAGUCGCCCCUCAGCCCACGAUACCUCCAACCACUGGGACGUCCCAUACGCUAAGUCUUCAAGGAUGGAAUACUCGGUACGACUUCAAGACAGCCGUUCUAGCUGAAUUUCGCCAAGAAUUUGAUGUUGCCUUGAGAUCUUACGAACAAGCCUACGAAACUCUACUUGGUGAGGAUUUGCUGGAGACUAUUCCCACAUGGAACCCGAGGUUUAAUGAUGCUCGUCUUCUGGCCGAUAUAGUAGCAAUACGAGCGCUGAAAUGCCUGUUGCUAAGCGGACAAAGUACAGCUGCUGUACGGCGUUGGCAGAUACAUAAUGAGAGGAUUUGUGACAUAGUAGACCGAAAAGGUCAGGGUACACAAAAUUAUGGCUGGAAAGCAUGGCAAGCAAGAUGGUGUGCAGUGAUGGCCAACUUGAUUGAAAAAGUAAACUUCCCAGAAUUAGAACCAUCGUCGCUGUUACUCUUUCGCCCACCAGAGAAGAAUCUAUCCGCUGAACGGCUUCAACCGUGGGAGCUGCUUCAUCAUUCUGGAUAUUGGUACCGAUCCGCAGCACGGCACUUGCUAGAUAGGCGUACAUUUGCGCAGUCUAUACCUGAAGUAGACCGAAAGCCUCCAGAUGAGUCAAGUAAAGCUGGAAUUACAAGGAAAGCUUACAACUAUGACACCUACAUGUGCCCGGAGCCGCACGAAGAAUUUCCCCUUCAAGGGCUUGGCAUCAAUCAUGCCCAGCUGAUAUUUGAUCACCUAAUUCUUGCACGAACCGAAUUCCAAAAACGGCACCAGAAGCGUGCCUCGAUUGAAUUAGCUCUCGAUGCGUGUAGGGAACUUGAACUGCUGGGAGAGUGGCAACAAAUUCUAGAGCUGCUUGCUCCCUUCUGGAGGAAUAUUGCAUUUCGGUCUGAAGGUUGGUGGGAUAUCAUCGAAGUAGUGAGCUGGACCUUGAGGCAUGCAGCUUUUAAAGCCGGCCAGAAAGAGCUCAUCGUCGCCAUUGACUGGGAACUGAUGAAUAAAGCAUUUUCCAGGCGCCCAGACUGGCAUUACGAUAUCUCAAAGGCUUUAGAUGGAAUUAGCGUGGAGAAGCCACCGUUGAUCAAUCUUGACGAUGAGCAUUUAACAUCUUUUGUCCACGCUGAUUUCGUUUUUAGACACGAAGAAGGAAAAGCCGGACAGACAUGCCCUGGACAGCUAACCCUGGUUUCUAGCGCAUUUUCUGAUGCAGCCCCCAUUACGCUGAAGUCUCUGAAUAUCCUUGUUGAGGGUGGGCUGCGUGAGAUUCUCAUAGAGCAUGAGAAAAGUCGAAGCCAAGACCUACCCAGCAAGACAUUGGAACUUGCCAAGAUUGUCAUCAAGGAAAUCGAAAUCAGUAGAGAUGAUGCGGUAUUCGACGAUAGUGAUGAUGCCAGUCUUCCACAAGGCAAAUUAACCGUCCUUCGAGGAACGCAGGACUUAACCCUAUUUCCGGGUCACACUCGAGUCUUUGAAUUUGACGUCCCACUCAGAGAGCCUGGCGAAGCGAAGGCAACAUCUAUACAGCUCUCUUUAGAAUCCGAAACAUAUUCACUCAAUUAUAGCAUGAAACCUGGCCGAGCGGCAUCCUCGAGACAAUGGUUUUCUAGCUUGUUUUCAAAGAGAAAGUUCAUACGGCCAGAUCCUCACAGUAUUAGGAUUCUUCCAAGGCCCCCAAAGAUGGAAAUCGUGGCGCGCCGAAUGCUAGAGCAAUAUUACACGAAUGAACGCAUCGAGCUUAGCCUAGACAUAAUGAACGAAGAAGCCAGCGACGCAACUGCAAGAAUGGAUGUCACUUUGCUAGGGAGUGGCACCCCUCCAUAUGAAGUUCAAAUUGUUGGUGGCGCUGCACAAUCGUUUACUUUAGAAGGUGAUGAUAAAACCUUGCGCGGUAUUCAGAUGAACCCUAUCAGUGCGGGAGAGUCGGCGGCCGUUGUCAUUACGCUUAAUCCUAUCGACAUGCCCACUGUGGUGGAUCUUAGCAUCAAAGUCUUCUAUUACCUCGUUUCAGACCUAUCGACACCUAUUAUCCAGGACGCGCUCUAUCGCUUCAAUAUUGUCUCUCCAUUCGAAGCGAGUUACGACAUGUUACCGAGGGUCCAUCAUGAAUGGCCCAGUCUCUUCAAUACUGAGAAUAUACAGAACCUUCCGGACGGUGACGCAGUUGCCCUACGGUCUUGUGGACUAGCGCAGAGAUGGGCUCUUAUCACGCGUUAUGCCUCUUUCGCUCAAGAGGAUGUAUUAAUCUCAGAUCUUGAAGUGAAAGUAAUCACCACACAGGGUAAUGUAACUUGCACUGCAUCGAAGGCUGAGGCGUUCCCUGCCGGUGGUCGAACCCUUAACCCUAAAACAAUCGAGGAAGCGCAAUUUGAUCUCGUUUCCCAGAAAUCCAGCUUGGAUGAUCGAUCCCCUGCGACGGCAGAUCUCGCUUUCACUAUAAAAUGGAGACGGGCUAGUGCCUCUGAUACGGUAUUGAACAUCACGACUUUACCACUACCAAGAUUCUUCGUAACAGUUUCCGAGCCCCGGGUCCUAGCCACGGUUUCUUAUUCCUCUUCUCCAUCGUCUCCAGUCUCGCCGUCUAGAUCACUAUCCCAACUCCUUUUCCUUGAUAUCACGAUAGAGAAUCCAUCCUCUCACUUCCUAACUUUCGGUCUUACCAUGGAGCCGAGUGACGAGUUCGCCUUCUCUGGUGCUAAAACCACGACCCUGAACGUGCUCCCUGUUGCAAGACGGUCCGUAACCUACCGUUUACUACCAAUCGUGAAGGGUACAUGGAUUCGUCCGACGCUCGUAGUUCGAGAUAAGUACUUUCAGAAAAUCUUGAAGAUCAUACCAACGGAGGGAAUGAAGAGCGACAAAGAAGGCGUGUUAUUGUGGGUUCCGCCGGAAGACGAAAGUGAAGAUGGGAACGAGGUCGCAUAACACGAUUCCGCCUAGACUGUAGCGUGGCUCAAUUUUGGAUUAUCGCUGUCGCUUGUGAUGGCAGGCGGGGUCGCAGUAUGCAGGACAACAACUGGAUAUGGCAACAAAUGUUUGGCUUUGGGCAUGUUAAAUAGAUGUAGUGAGUCCUUCAAAGGGCGCCAGAGGAAAUGCUUGAGGAUGGUAUGAGCAGGCAGACAUCAAAGGCCAGCGUAUAAUAUGGGCAUUCGUUGCACAGACCGUUCUCCUAGGCUUACAUUUCAGGGGUAUGAAGCGUAGAGAACGGUCCUAUUGUCAACACGGAGGGGUACGGUUUACACUUUCAGCUCACACAAGUUAUUGGUGGCAUAGUUCAGAGCAGAUCAGCCUUUGUCUCAAACAAGGUACAUUCUCAGCAGCGUUACUGCUCUAAUGCUAAGAUUUCCUUCAAGCCAUCGCAACGUGCAAAAGAGCAUCGUACACUAUUUGGGUUAUCUAGUUGGCGAAGAAACGCCUGAGUUUUCUGAGAGGAAGAAUCAGGUCCCACUCA